AUGGCCUCUGCAUCAGAUGUCCCAAUUCCCGUCUGGUUGGAUUGCGACCCUGGGCAUGAUGACGCAUUUGCCAUUCUUGUCGCCGCACACCAUCCGUCUUUGCACCUCCUCGGGAUCACCACCAUCCAUGGUAAUGCCUCGCUAGAGAACACCACGGUCAAUGCAACCAGGAUCUUGGAAGCCAUCGGUCGACCUAAUAUCCCCGUCUAUCCGGGGCGUCGUGACUCCGGCAUUGAUGGGACAGAUCUUCUGCCGGUGGCUACACGGGCACCCAUCACUGACAAAAAUCCCAUUCUGGCUAUGCGUGAUGCUCUCCUCGCACAGCCAAAGGGUACUCCGUGGGUGGUGGCCACCGGCACUCUGACCAACGUUGCUCUACUGUUCGCCACGUUCCCCGAGGUGGCAGAUCACAUUCAAGGCCUCAGCAUUAUGGGCGGAGGCGUCGGUGAAGGGUUCUCGGAUGCGCCCAUCAGCCGCCUAGCUGGACAGGAGGCGCGGAUUGGAAACGUGACUCCGCUGGCGGAGUUCAAUAUCUACUGCGAUCCUGAGGCGGCCCAGUCCAUCUUCAGCCACCCAACUCUGGCCUCUAAGACGACGUUGAUUACUCUAGAUCUAACCCAUCAAGUUCUUGCUUCGCAGGACGUCCAGUUCCGCAUCCUCCACGGCGCUAAUGACCCUUCCGUGCCUCCAACGACCCUGCGACAGAUGCUUUUUGACCUUCUGGUUUUCUUCGCAUCGACCUAUGAGUCCGUUUUUGGUCUGACGAGCGGCCCACCGUUACACGAUCCGCUGGCGGUGGCGGUCGUGCUGUCGACCCUCAACCCAACUUUCCCCAAGCAGCACCCAGGCCAGGCAUUGAAAUUUGACGAUCGCAACGGAGAGCGAUUCACUGUGGAUGUGGUCACUGAGGGCCUACACGGAACGGAUGCGGAACUGGCUGGUGCCCUCGGUCAAUCUCGUGUCACGCCUACUGAACAGGGAGUCGCUAUCCCUAGAGGCGUGGAUCUGGCCGCGUUCUGGGACCUGAUCCUGCUGUGCCUCCAGCGGGCGGAUGACUGCAACGCUGCGCGUAAGAAGGCGUGCUAA